CAGAGACGUCAUUUUCCAGCGACUGGAACAUUCAAAAUAUUUAGCAGCUUGGUAUUUCAGUAUUAACAUUGGUAUUUUUGUCGGAGUUUAACACAAUGGCGUUGGAAACGGUCCCUAAAGACCUCCGCCAUCUUCGGGCUUGUCUUCUUUGUUCUCUUGUGAAGACCAUUGACCAGUUUGAAUACGACGGAUGUGACAACUGUGAGUCGUACCUUCAGAUGAAAGGAAACCGAGAGAUGGUUUAUGAAUGCACAAGUUCCUCAUUUGACGGAGUGAUAGCUAUGAUGAGCCCUGAGGACAGCUGGGUGGCUAAAUGGCAGAGGAUAGGCAACUUCAAGCCUGGUGUAUACGCAGUGUCAGUGACCGGCAGAUUACCUCCAGGUGUGGUGAGAGAGCUGAAAAGCAGAGGAGUGAUCUACAAAUCCAGAGACACAGCAGUGAAGACAUGAGCCUUACUGCUUCCAGCGGUCUGAUUCACCACUGCAGAGCGGUGAACUCCAGGAACAAGAAACACCAGUGGGACUAAAUUUGAUCGUGUCUGUGAUGUCUUACGGAGCUGCCCUUCAACUGUUCAAUUUCUGUUUGUUGUCAUGAUUAGAGAUAUUUGCAUGAGUGCUUAUAGGGAAGAGGAACUGUGGGUAUUUUUUAUUUCUUUGAAUGAUUGAGAAAAUAAAGGUCUGUUUUUAUA